AUGCCGCUUGCGGGCACCGUCCACCGUGCUAAUGCGGACUUUUACCGCGAGCUCGCGGUGUACCUGCUGACGCUGACGUUGAAAUACUUGGCGCUCCGGCUGGUGCCGGCGCUAUGGAUGGUGUACGCCUCCUGCGCCAUCGGACUGCCCGUGGUGUGCGUCUUCACGCUCGGAUACUUCCUGUACAGUCUGCUGCCGGACUCCGGCGUGUCUGCUGCGGGAAAGGCCGUGCUCAUCACAGGCUGCGACACCGGCUUCGGCCACCGGCUCGCCAUUCGCCUCGAUAGGCUGGGCUUUCAAGUGUUCGCGGGCUGCCUGUUUCCACACGGCGACGGUGCCAAGAGUCUCCAGCUGAAAGCAUCCAGCAAGAUUCAUGUUGUUCACGUUACGAAGGACGAAGACUUCCGCCAGGCCGUGGAUUACGUACGUCAAAACCUCGACGGAAACGGUCUGUGGGUGGUAGUGGCCAACGCCGGCGUGUUCGGUGCCAUGGAGCUUGAAUGGUGGAGCAUCACCGAUAUGCAGCAGCACUUCGACAUCAACGUGUUUGGUUGCGUGCGCGCCGUUCAGGCCUUCAUGCCGCUGCUGCGCCAAUCUAAGGGGCGGAUUGUGCUCACUGCAAGCUACGCUGGUAGAGCGACGGCCUCGUGGAACAAUGUGUACAGCAUGACCAAGCAUGCGGUGAUUUCCUUGGGUGAUGGACUGCGGCGAGAGUUGAUGAAGUGGGGCAUCUCGGUCAUCCUCGUGGAGCCCACUUACUACAAAACUGCUAUACUCCCGAAGCCGGAGAACAUCGUAAAAAAGUACAAAGAGAGCAAGACAGUACAAGAGAGCGUUCAGAGCUCCUGCGAACCCACAACGACUGUUCGCCGUAAAAGGUUCUGUGAGCGUUGUUAG